CUUGUUGCCGUACGCACCUGUUCCGCUUCCCCACAAGUCCGCAGCUUGGCCAAUUACUGAGAUGACACCAAUGUGAUGAGCAGCAAAUGGCGUUUAUUACACGUAUACACUAACUUAUAUAGCCUAAUUACUUCGUCUACGCCCCUAAGGGCAUGCACCACACAUCAAUCAUUAGAGCAGGGAGGGAGUUUAGCACGUCACAACCCACAGGGGGGGAACUCGCAGUCUCGCAGUUGCUGACAACAGCCCCAAUUGAUUCUGUUGGUCUUCGGGGCUCCCCUGAGUUGCUGCAAUGGCAGCAGAUAACUGCUGGUUUGACUGCCUUAAGGGCUGUCAGGAAAGAUGUCUUCUGCAAAACCCCUAAGCUACCAACUGCCAAGGAAGUUGGUAUGUUCCCAGGAAAGACAGGAAGCAGACCAUGGAUGAGCAGCUACGGGAUGUUGGUAAAGCCCAAUCUCCUCUAUCUUUCCCUUUUCCAUCCCCAUUUCCUCUCCGUCCCCAAUUCCGCUUUAUCCCCUUUUCCUCCACAUCCCCGUUUUCCCCCUCUUUCUGCCCCGCCUUUGCCCUGCCUUUGCCCCGUCUUUGCCCCGCCUUUUCCCCGCCUUUCCCCCGUUUCUCUUCACCUUCCCCUUUCCCCUUUUCCCCUUUCUCCUUCCUUGUCCUCAGGUCCCCUUUUUUCCUUCCAGGUCCCCUUUUUUCUGUCCAUUCCCCCCUUUUAUCUCCCCUUUUAUCCCCCCUUGUUCCCCUGCUCUCCUACACUCCCCUUUUUCACCUGCUCUCCUCUAUCCUUUCCUAUUCCUCGUCUCCUUUUCUUUUUCCUCCCCCCCUCAUUUUCCUUUUCCCCUUUCCCCCCUUGUCUUCCUUUCCCCUUUUCCCGUCUAUCCCUUCUCUUCUUUCCCCCCGUUUUUCUUCUUUAUGCCCCCAUCCCCACUUCCCCUUUCACCCCCUUUACCUCUUUUCCUCCCCAUCUCCCUUUUUGCCCCAUCCCUGUUUUCCCAUUUUCCUUUUCCCCUCCUUGUACCCAUUCGUUUUUCCCUCCUCAUUCCCAUUCAUUUUUCCGUCCCCAUCGUCCCCUUUUCUUCCAAAGCUGAUUCCAUUCGCAGUGCGAUGGCGGCUCCUGCGAGCAGCAGAGCCCCGAGCAGCAGCGCUGCGUCUUGGCUCCCCCAUUGCCCGCUGCUGAGCUCUUCCUGCCCUGGUUCCUCAUUGGCUGAGCGCUGCAGCUUCCUCUUUUUGGCGACGCUUCACCACUCGCACAAACAGCCAGCAGACGCACAUCUUUGCUGCCCAAACACACGCAGGCCUUCAUUGCUUCAUUGCUUUCUCACCACUGCUCUCUUAACCAACGUGCGGUCGAACUUGCGGCUCUCAGGUUUUCAGCAUCAACACAGACACAGCCUCUGAAUUGCUUCAUUACCCCCUGCCAUUCGUGACCUUCCCGCUGCUCGUCGUUCUGCUCAUCCGGCAGUCCUUCCGCAGUGCUGAGCUCGGCAGGAGGACAGAGGGGAGCAGCUGGGAGCCUCACAGCCUCCUCACGUUCCCACGCAGCGGGACAGCGCUGCUGCGUGCGAUGGCCCUGAUUCCUCCCUCGUCCCCCUUUUUCUUUUUUUCCUCCCUCAUCCAACUUUUUC